AGCUUUCUUGGCUCGACAAAGGUCCAAUGGAUAAAAAAUUUGGGUUUUUGGUGGUUCCGGUUUGAAUCAAUUUUGUAAGUCCCCUCUAAAUACAUAAAAUUUUAAAUGGACUUUUUACCCUUAUCAAAUGGAUGCCUACAAUAUAACAGCAGUUUGACCUUCCUAACCUUGUAACCGACAUUAGAUCUCAUCUAUGUCGGGGGUAAAAAUGAGAAUGCAAAGUAAACAUAUCAAAAAGGCGAUAGUAAAAUAAUUGCAAUAAUUGAAAGUAUAGGUGGGGAAAACAUGUUAAUAUUAUACUCCAUUUUGAUUGGUUUAAAUUUUAAAGAAAAGGCCCUUUCAUAGUUGUAUUAUCACAUUUACACGUACCUCUCAUGAAGUUGUUCCAAACAGCCUGUUCAUAGCAUUCUUCCCAACUUGUCAACUGUUGAUUAAGUCAAAAUAACUCAGGGAAAGAGCCUUCCAUCUUCUUAUAUUUAGAGAGACAACAUCAAGUCUAGAGAGAGAGAGAAUUCAGAUGAAGAUAAGGAAUAUUUUCAUCACAUGCUUAUGGUUUGCUUUAGCUUCAGCAGAUACUCUGCAGAAUUCGGAUUUCGAACUCCCACCAACUGACUGGAACGAAACAUCCUCUGCAUUCUUUCAACUGAACGGCAGUAGCAUCCCGGGGUGGACACACGACGGCGCAGUGCAGUAUGUCACGGCUGGAGGUGAGCUGUCGCUGCCGAGAAACGGGCAUGCUAUACUGCUGCAGGAAGAUGGCAAGAUCAACCAAACUUUUGUGGCUAAUGGGGAGGAAAUGCAGUACCUUUUAACGUUCACUUUGGGGAGGAGGGCUCAGAAGAACUGCACUGCCAACGCAAGCCUUGUGGUUUCCGCGCCGGAUAGCUCUGCUCAGUUUUCGUUGACGCUGAAGUAUGGGAAAGAAUCGUGGGAGGUUUACGGGUAUCAUUUGGGGAGCUGGGGAGGUGGAGAGUCUGUAAACUUGGUUAUAGAAAGUCAGGAUAUUGAUGCAGAACCCGAAUCCACGUGUUGGCCUGUUGUCGACGCGGUUAUGUUGAGCACUGUGGGAUCACUCAAGCAAGGGGAUGAUAAUCUGCUGCCAAAUGGUGGAUUUGAGCUAGGGCCAGCUUUCCCAGAUUUUCCCAAUGAUGGAGUUCUAUUGGAUUCAGAACCAAGUCUGAUUGAAUCUGCUCUGCAGCAAUGGACUGUAACAGGAACUGUUAAAUACAUAGACGCAAAAAACUUCUUUGUCCCAGAAGGAAAGGCUGCUGUUGAGAUCGUAUCAGGAGUCUCUGCAGGGGUGCAAACAGCUAAACAACUCGACCAAGGAUCAGAUUACAACUUGGAAUUCAUGCUGGGAGAUGCAAACGACUCUUGCUCAGGAGUUCUUGUAGUAGGGGUUGCAGCAGGAUCAUCAGCGCAGAAUUUCACAAUCCAGAGCAACGGGACUGGUUCAGCCAAGAAAUAUGCAAUGACAUUCAAGGGUGCUGGGCCAAGUCCAACCUCAAUAAGCUUCCAUAGCUACACAACUACACAGAGAGACGAUGGUGUAUUCUGUGGCCCUGUCGUUGAUGGUGUAGUUCUAAAAGUUUCUAGUGGGCACAAAACAUAUAUGCAAUUUUCCUUCCUAAUGACUGUGCUACUUGCAACAGUUCUGAAAUUAGGCAAGCUAAUAUAGCCAGAUAUUAGUUCCCAGAGUGUUUUCAUCGUUUUGUAUUGCUUACCAAUGUAUUGUACAUUUGGACGGAACUCGGAA